AUGGCGCAGUUAAUACAAAUAAUAUACGAUGGUUAUCGAGACUUAAUGGACAACAAAAGUGAUCCGAGGGUCAAUGAUUGGGUUAUGAUGAGCAGUCCAUUCCCCACACUAGCAAUUUGCUUAUUUUAUGCCUAUUUCGUUAAAGUCUUGGGACCGAAACUGAUGGAAAAUCGAAAACCCUUCGAUCUCAGAAGAGUGAUGAUAUGGUACAAUAUCUUUCAAGUAAUAUUUUCGUCAUGGUUAUUCCACGAAAGUUUGAGUGGCGGUUGGGGUAAGCACUACUCCUUCAGUUGUCAACCGGUCGAUUACUCCUACAAUCCAAUCGCAAUGCGAAUGGCGCGAGGUUGCUGGUGGUACUACAUCUCCAAGUUUAUCGAAUUUACGGACACGAUUUUCUUCGUAUUAAGGAAGAAAAAUGAUCAUAUUAGCACCCUCCAUGUUAUUCAUCAUGGCUGCAUGCCUAUGUCCGUUUGGUUCGGAGUUAAAUUCACUCCCGGCGGUCACAGUACCUUCUUCGGUUUCUUAAAUACUUUUGUACAUAUAGUAAUGUACUCGUAUUAUCUUCUGGCGGCGCUCGGCCCACAAGUACAACCGUAUCUCUGGUGGAAGAAAUAUCUGACGACACUGCAGAUGAUCCAGUUCAUUCUCGUAAUGAUUCACGCAUUCCAGCUGCUCUUCAUCGAGUGCAAUUAUCCGAAGGCUUUUGUUUGGUGGAUCGGUAUGCAUGCUAUAAUGUUUUACUUCCUUUUCCGUGGCUUCUAUAAGGAAGCAUACAAGAAGAAGAAUUCAGCAAACACAUCGGGCAAACGAAAAGCCUUCAAAGCCGAUAAGAAGCAGGAUACGCAAAAUUCUCAGGAUGACAUCAAGGAAAAUGAAAACGGUGUGAUAUAUGCGAACCAAUAUAAAAUGGCUACCGGUUACAUUUCGGACAGUGGCCUUAGAAACCGCGUGUUCAUCGACAAUCGAGGCUUUGAUGAAUGAUGACAAGCCAAUAUUCAAAGAGACUUCAAUUUUCAAAUGUAUAUUUAGCUGUAAAUCAUCGUAUAUAAAACGCUCAUGUUGCAUCGAACUGUUAUCCUCUGAUAGCGUGAUCAAAUAUGAAAAAAAUCGAGAUUCAGAGACUAAACUUAAAAGAUAUUCGAAGAAAUGAAAAAGAGAAAGAAAAAGAGUACGAACUUUCUGAAAUUUUUGAAAGCCUGAACUAUCAUUCUUUUUGGAUUUUGAGAUGGUGUCUUUUAUACAUGUAUAGAGAAUUUAUAAAUGUAUAGAGAAUUCUUUCGUACUUUCUUGUGUUGAUAUGAAUGCCUGUGUUUGUUUGUAUUCGUUAAAUAUCGCGAGAAGUGGAAACAGACUGGAAACAGACUAAAUCGCUAAUGAAAUUGCCAAAAUUAACAAAAUACUGUUUUCCUUAGUUGGAUAGUGAAUCAAAAUAUCCCGAUUCUUUUAUAAAUUAUUU